CCGCUCACUCCGCGCGCCCGAGGCCCACGGGAAGGUCACUGUGCUUAUCCAGAGCACUCAGCCCACAGCACAGAACCCACCAGGAUGUCGGACCAGUCUGCCUUUGACACAGAUGUGUGGACCCUCACACGGUUUGUGAUCGAAACAGGGCGGCAGGCCAAGGGGGCCACAGGAGAGCUCACUCAGCUCAUCAACGCUAUGCUCACUGCUAUCAAAGCUAUUUCUUCAGCUGUACGCAAGGCUGGCCUGGCUCACCUGCAGGGCAUAGCUGGCUCUGUGAAUGUGACUGGAGAUGACGUGAAGAAACUGGACGUGCUUUCAAACGACCUGGUGAUUAACAUGCUAAGAGCCUCAUACAGCACCUGCUGCAUGGUGUCAGAGGAGAACAAGGAUCUCAUCGUCACCCCAAAAGACAAGAGGGGGAAGUAUGUGGUGUGCUUUGACCCUCUUGAUGGAUCCAGCAACAUUGACUGUUUGGCUUCAAUUGGCACCAUAUUUGCUAUCUACAAACGGGUAACUGAGGGAGAGCCCACAGAGGAGGAUGCUCUACAGCAGGGGAACAACAUUGUGUGUGCGGGAUACGCGUUGUAUGGCAGUGCUACUCUGGUGGCCCUGAGCACCGGAGCCGGACUCAACUUCUUUAUGCUCGAUCCAGCUAUUGGUGAAUUCAUCUUGACUGAGAGGAAUGUGAAAAUCAAGCCAAAAGGAAAGAUCUACAGUCUGAAUGAAGGCUACGCUAAAUAUUUUCACCCAUCGAUAAAUGAGUACCUGAAGCACAAGAAAUACCCAGAGGAUGGUAGUUCUCCUUAUGGGGCCCGCUAUGUUGGUUCUAUGGUGUCUGAUAUUCAUCGAACCAUUGCCUACGGUGGAAUAUUCAUGUAUCCUGCCAAUGAGAAGAGUCCAAAAGGAAAGCUCCGUCUGCUCUAUGAGUGCAACCCCAUUGCCUUCCUGAUUGAGCAGGCUGGAGGCCUGGCCACCACGGGCACACAGAGGAUCCUGGAUGUCCAGCCGGAGGCCUUGCAUCAGCGAGUGCCCUUUGUGGUUGGCUCACCCGACGAUGUCAAUGAAUACCUGUCUUUUGUUCAAAAGUAUCAAUGAAUGUCCAAAUGCACCACAUAAGUGCAGGCUUGUAUCCUGAGGUCUUUCAUAUUGUUAACGUGUCGCUUUUGUAUCAAAAAAGGAAAGCCACCAUUGUUUUUUGUUGUACAAAUUAAAUAUUCUGUCUGCUC